ACUGAAAUUUCUCCUAUUCUCCUAAAUUCACCAAUCUCUCUACCAAAAGACUGUAUCAGAACUGCUUCUAACAGAUUAAGAACUUGAUAGAAUACACCUAUGUUCUUGAAGAUGUUCAGAUUCAGGAAUCUAUAGCCCUCUAAUCUAUCUAUCUAUCUGGAUUUGAGUUACCUGAAUCUUUUUUUCCUGACAUUAUAAUCUUACAAGUGUUGGCAAGAUUAAAAACUUGUCUAAAUGAUAACAAAAAUGGGACAUCGAUCUCGUUCUCGCUCAGAUUUCUUUUCACCUAGUUUGGUUCCCUCUUUUUUCCGCUCAAAACAAACUACGUGCGUCAAAAAGUCUAGUGGGAGGGAAUGUUUGUAGAAACAAAAAUGCAGUGCAGCGUUCGUUGGGUUAGACACACAGAACUCUGUUGAAUACGGGAUUAAGCUUUUAGACAUCUCUGUUGAAACUUGGAACAGAAAAAGCAGAUACACGAACCCUGAAACUGAAAACGGUUGUAACGUCGUCUUCAUAGUUCAAACUCGAAACAUCAAGGCUCAACCAAACAGUUAUCUUUGUUUAUUAAACAUCGAUUUGCUCCUCUUUUUUUCCUCCGAACCCAAACUACAAUCUCCGGAUCUGAAUUUCAGUCUCCGAUACACACUUAGAUGAAAAAUUUCUGACACUUUCUCGAACGAGAAAUGCGUAGCCGGGGAUCACAAAGCCGGUUAUCUGGUCACUCUUUUGGAUCUCGAGUGUCUGUUCUCAUGCUUGCCAUGGUUGCUACCAUGGCUACCAUUUACGUUGCUGGCCGGCUGUGGCAGGAUGCGGAAAGUAGGGCAUAUUUAAUUGAAGAGCUUGAAAAAAAAACUGGUCAGGGUCACUUGGCUGUAUCUGUUGAUGAUACACUUAAAAUUAUAGCCUGCAGGGAACAACAUAAGAAGUUGUCAGCGCUUGAGAUGGAACUAGCUGCAGCUAGACAGGAAGGUUUUGUUCCAAAGCACUUCUCAGGAAAUGAUGGGAAGCAUGCUACCAAGAAGGUGCUUUCAGUUAUAGGAAUAAUGACAACCUUUGGCCGAAAAAAGAACCGAGAUGCAAUCCGUAAGGCUUGGAUGCAAACAGGUACCGCCAUGAAAAAACUGGCUGAUAAAAAAGGCAUCAUAGUGAGAUUUGUAAUAGGAAGAAGUGCAAAUCACGGAGACAAUUUGGACAAAGAAGUUGAAACAGAAAGCAGUCAGACCAAUGACUUCAUCAUUCUUGAUAAUCAAGUGGAGACAUCUGAAGAGAAAGCAAAAAAGAUAAAAUCAUUCUUCAUUUAUGCAGUGGACAACUGGGAUGCUGAAUUUUAUGCUAAGGUCAAUGACGAUGUCUAUGUUAAUCUUGAUGGCUUUGGAGGAGUGCUAACUUCUUAUUUGGACAAGCCCCGUGCUUAUAUUGGUUGUAUGAAAUCAGGCGAAGUUUUCUCUGAGCCGACAAAUAAAUGGCAUGAGCCAGACUGGUGGAAAUUUGGCGAUAGAAAAUCAUACUUUCGGCAUGCUUCAGGCGAGGUCUAUGUCAUUUCAAAAGCAUUGGCACAGUUUGUUUCAAUAAACAGAUUUAUUCUUCGUACAUAUGCACAUGAUGAUAUAAGCACAGGAUCAUGGUUUAUUGGGAUUGAUGUGAUGCACGUUGAUGAAAGAAAGUUGUGCUGCUCCUCCUGGUCCCCAGGGGCAAUUUGUGCAGCAGUAUGAGGACUUGCCACUGAAUUUGAGUAACAUAAAAGGAAUGUAUAGCAAACAGAAACUGUUACUUCCCGCCAUUAUUUUUGCCUCGGGUGAUUUUCAAUUCAGAUAAUCUCAACCAGCAGUUGAUUCUGCUACUUGAAGGCAGGGGAGCUGUUGGUUAGGAGUUCUGCCUCUGACAAUAGAUACUUACAUACAUGCUCCUUGGGAUGGUCGAAGGUAUUUUGAGAAAUUUGCAUCAUGUGCUCGUCUGAUUUUGAGAAACUGCUCCUUCCCCAUUUAAUCAUGUAAUAUAAAUUAUAAAUAGCUCUCCCCCAUUCUUGUUAAACUAUUCAUUUUUACCCCGCGGGAUAAAUGAAAGAAUCUCAUAGCAACUUAAUUAAAGGAAACAUUUUUUUUUUUAAAUUUUCUUAUUAGAGUUGAGAUCCACAUUGAUUUCACUCCUGAUUGAGGUUGGUCGUUCUUACUUUAGACAAUCUAUGUUGCAUAGAGCACCACAUGCAUUCAAGCCUCUUCU